UCUCGCGAUACUUUUCUCUCAGUGGCGGCUGUGUGGCCCCCUGUCUCAGUCCGGACGGAGUUGUUUCUGACAUCUGAAUGAAAAACAGUCUGAAUUGCUACCACUUUGGACAUAUAUAACAAUGGCUUCAGCCUUGGAGCAGUUCGUGAACAAUGUGCGGCAGCUCUCCGCUCAAGGUCAGAUGACACAGCUGUGUGAACUGAUCAACAAGAGCGGGGAGCUGUUGGCCAAGAACCUGUCCCACCUGGACACUGUACUGGGGGCCUUGGACAUCCAGGAGCACUCCCUGGGCGUCCUGGCUGUGCUGUUUGUGAAGUUCUCCAUGCCAAACAUCCCUGACUUUGAGACGCUCUUUUCCCAAGUCCAGCUCUUCAUCAGUACCUGCAAUGGGGAGCACAUCCGAUAUGCAACAGACACUUUUGCCGGCCUCUGCCAUCAGUUGACAAAUGCCCUUGUAGAACGGAAACAGCCAUUGAGGGGUGUCGGCAUUCUAAAACAGGCAAUAGACAAAAUGCAAAUCAACACAAACCAACUUACCUCAGUUCAUGCAGACCUGUGUCAGCUGUGCUUGUUAGCAAAAUGCUUCAAGCCUGUCCUCCCAUUUCUUGAGCUUGACAUGAUGGACAUCUGUAAGGAAAAUGGCGCCUACGACGCAAAGCACUUUCUAUGUUACUACUAUUACGGAGGCAUGAUCUACACGGGUCUGAAGAACUUUGAAAGAGCACUGUAUUUUUAUGAACAGGCAAUAACCACUCCAGCCAUGGCUGUCAGUCACAUCAUGUUGGAGGCCUAUAAGAAGUACAUCCUGGUCUCCCUGAUUCUCCACGGCAAAGUGCAGCAGCUCCCCAAGUACACGUCACAGAUAGUUGGCAGGUUCAUAAAGCCUCUCAGCAACGCGUACCAUGAGCUUGCUCAGGUGUACGCCACCAACAACCCAGCAGAACUGCGCUCCCAGGUGAAUAAACACAGUGAGACCUUCACACGCGACAACAACACAGGGCUGGUCAAGCAGUGCCUGUCCUCCCUCUACAAGAAGAACAUCCAGAGGCUAACAAAGACUUUCCUGACGCUGUCCUUGCAAGACAUGGCAAGUCGAGUGCAGCUGUCAGGGCCCCAGGAGGCGGAGAAGUAUGUCUUGCACAUGAUUGAAGAUGGUGAGAUAUAUGCCAGUAUCAACCAAAAGGAUGGCAUGGUCUGUUUCCAUGACAACCCAGAGAAAUACAACAACCCCGCAAUGCUUCACAAAAUUGACCAAGAGAUGUUGAAGUGUAUAGAGCUGGAUGAGAAACUAAAGUCCAUGGAUCAAGAAAUCACAGUAAACCCGCAGUUUGUUCAGAAGAGUAUGGGAACGCAGGAGGACGAUGUCGGCAGCAAAACAUCAAGUUACUCCUGAGGGGCAUGGACAGGGGAGAACGCUGCCACCCUUCAGGUUCUUGUUGGAUUACUUUUUUUAAAGAGGAAAAACAUUCUAUUGAGUAUGGACAUUGGUCAAGGAAAAUAUAAAAUGUGUGGAAUGAUAAUUUGGUUAUUUCUUUCACAGUGUCUUGAGGAAACCUUAACAAAAACAUUUUUUGUCAGUGUUUUAUUUAUCAAUGUUCAGAUGGAAGAGCCACUGCUGCAUUAACAACCAUAAUAAUAAAAACUGGACUUAUUUGUUCAAAAAAUAA